AUGUUCAUUCAACCCCUCCUGGUGCUGGUCACUAUAACUGUGGGAUCUGUAGCCAUACCACAAGGCUGGAAAGGACAUUCUUUUGGAGGCAAUCCAGCUUCAACGAGCGUUACCACUGCUGUGCUCCCCCAAUUAACUUCUUCCGCCGGCGCCUCCGCUACUCAGCCCGCAAGUGCUUCACCACCUGCACCGUCAACCACUCCUGGAACUUCCUCUGCGCAAUCCUCUGCGGCAUCUCCUCCCCCUGCAACGAGUGUUGCUGCAGGGGCCGGCGGCGGCGGAGAAACACAUCAAAUCACCGUGAUAAACAAUUGCGGGGGUGGUACACCGAUGCUGGCGUAUUCCGGUAAUCGUGCUGGCCAAGCUAUUCAAGGUGUAACAACCAUAAGUGGACCUAUUACCAGUGGAAUCAGUUGGAUGAGCGGUUUGGCGAGUGCGAAUUGCGGAUUCGAUGGUACAAAUUGUGGUUUCAUGGAGUUUACGAUUGGAAAUGGAGGUCAAAAUUCGGCGGAUUACUCCCUAUUGACUACAGGUCUAGGUGACCAUUAUUUUAAAUACGCCAUGGACUUUCGCUUUACUGGUGAAUGUGCUCUAGGUCCCGGAAAAUGUACUAGCGGAUCGAACUGCCCGAACGCAUACAGUGGUACCGAUACAUUCAGUGGAGAUCCUACCACCUGUCCCGGUCAAAAUGUCGGGAUCACCCUGACUUUCUGCUAG